AUGCAUCCUCAAAGUACAGUUUUCAUACCCGCUGGAUGUUUGUCCGUCUCUCGAGAUGAAUGCUCUUUGACCCCGGAACUUUGGUCUCUCGAUGAACUUGGGGAUUGGAGGACCUUUGACCAGUUGCCGGAUUCGCCAUUCCAUCUCGACCUUGACCCUCAUCAACGAUUCCUCCCUCAAAACGUGCAAUCAUCACUUCGGAAGUCGCGAAAGCUCGCACCAUGCAUGAAACUACUUGAAGCAUCAUGGAUCAGGCUCGAAUUCCUCGUCCCUCAUCGGACUUCGGAGCGCGGCACCUUUCGGGUUUACCUCCUCCCAGAUGAUAUCUUGCGCAGCACCGUGAAACGAUCAGAUGCCACAUUGAUCAAAGCAAGAAGAAAGAUACUAGGCCAACUGGAUUACUCUCAGGAAGCCUGGCAAGGCGAUACCCAAUGUCAGCGCGCCAACAUGCCACGUCUGCAUGAAGACACAAACCAAGGCGACGGAUCUGACGAGGAUGUGUCGCUGCUGCACUUAUUCAACAACAUACCAUCCCCCAACCCCGACCCUGAGUCAAUACUAGACCCUUACUCGAAAUCUGCCAUGUACGAUCUGCUCCAGAGCCAAGUUCCCGGCCUCAAGUCUCAGCUCUACCCAUACCAGAGAAGGUCGGCAGCGUUGAUGUUACAAAAAGAAGUUCAGCCAGGGACCGUACUUGACCCACGUCUACUCCACGUCAAGGAUCAAGAGAACAGAGAAUGGUAUUUGGACCCCGUCGCCGGCACAGUUCUCAAGGAGCCUCGUUACUAUGAUGGUGUGUCUGGUGGAAUUCUAGCCGAAGAGAUGGGCUCUGGCAAAACAAUCAUGACCUUCGCACUCAUCCUCGCGACUCGAUCGUUGCCUACUCACCCCCCAGAGCAUUUCCGUGCCGGAGAUUCCCCCGUGAGAAAACGCCUGGCUUCGCUGUCCGAGAUGGCUGCUUCCUGCGCAACCCGAAACUCGGUACCAUGGAGACCGUACUUUGACCUCUUCAAGGAACAGACUGGGGACGAUUACGAACGCUGCAUCGAGGCCCUGGAAGGAAACCCAGGCUAUUACUAUCUCCCACCGCCCGUUCCUCAUUACGUCGGAAGGCGGUCUCGCCAGCGCAUCGAACCGCCCAAGAAACUGUUGUAUCUCAGCAACUGCAGCCUCGUUGUAGUGCCUGCUAAUCUGGUCGAACAAUGGGAGCAGGAGAUCCGCAAGCAUACAGAGGGCUUAAAAGUCCUCGUGGUAACAAAGGGCAUCCAGCUACCGCCAACUAAAGACCUGUUAAAAUACGACCUCAUUCUUCUCUCCCAGACCCGUCUCGAAGCUCUAAUCCGGCAGGGGGGCGGAAAACUGAGCGAUUCUCCGCUGUCCAAUAUCCACUUCAAACGAUGCAUCUUUGAUGAAGGGCACAAGCUUGGCAAUUCAUCGAUCAGUAACCCAAGUAACCUGCUCACCAGUUUGGAUUCCUUGCAUUUCUCAUCCCGCUGGGCUGUGACAGGAACACCAUCACAAGGGUUAUUCGGAGUCGAUGCUCAGCAAACAGGGAACGGCACUACCACCCACCGUGACGAUGAUGCGAAUGGCAUUAAUACGGCGAAGCCUAUUACUGGGAGUAGCCUUGAAAUGGAAAAAAGGGAUUUGGAGAGAAUCGGAUCUCUUGCAGCUGUCUACUUGAAAGCUCGACCCUGGGCAAACAAGCUCGUGGAUGUUGGAGAUACCACGGCUGACCCAAAGGUGUAUUUGAUGCUGCCAAAGCACACGUCAGGUGGCCGUGGCCGCUCGGAUUGUCUAGAAUCGACCCUCAACUCUCUCAUCAUUCGACACCAGCUCGCGGAGGUAGGCGACCUUCUCCCACCUGUGAACCACAAGGUGAUUGUCCUAGAAGGAUCAUACCAGGACCAACUAUCUGUCAACGUCUUCUCCAUGAUGAUCAUUUUCAACUCAGUUCAGUCACAACGAACAGAUAGGGAUUACUUUUUCCACCAAAAGCAAAGGGACUCUCUAAAUGACCUGGUUCGAAAUCUGCAGCAAGCUUGUUUCUUUGGAGGCUCUUUCUUCUCAAAGGACAUGAUUUCAACGGCUGUCAAUACCGCAGAGGAAUUUCUUCGCAGCGAGAAGGUCCCUAUUAGUGCUGAGGAUCGGCACCUCCUGGAGCAAGCAAUCAAAAUUGGCUAUGUGGCCAUGGAAAAUGAAGUGAGGACACUCAGUAACCGAUUUCAUGAACUGCCAGUCUGUGUCAAUGGCUUUCCCCACAAUCUCGGUGGUGCAUGGUCCCUGGAUGGCGCCUUGGGUGAUGCCAUGUGCAGUUCGUCAAGCAUGCUCUUGGCACUUCAGAAGCUGAUCUACAAGUCGGCCUCGAAACCUGAGGAACUUAACUCUUUGCUCAAUGGUCGCUUAGUUCAGGAGGGCGUUGUCGAGAGGCAUCGUGUGUUGGAUGAGUCUUUCAAACAAGCCAGCGACAGGUCGCAAACCCUGGCUGGGAACACGAACCUGGGGAACGACAGUCACAAAGCCACGCAGACUCUUAAAGCCAACAUUGUGAAGCCCGAAGAGGUGACAGCCGCAGAGGGUGCUCUUGGUCCACUAGAAGCAGCGAGGAUCACAUCAACCGCGUCGUCCAAGCUCUCCUACUUGAUCGAUGGCAUCAUCAAGUAUCAGGAGGACGAAAAGAUUGUCGUUUUCUAUGAAAACGAAAACGCCGCUUGGUAUCUCGCCAGCGUACUCGAAACUCUCCAGAUUCAGCACCUCAUCUAUGCUCGAGGGCUAACGAACAAGAGGAAGGGCCAAUAUGUCAAAACGUUCCUUGUAAAUCCCGAUUUCAGGGUCCUUCUCAUGGACAUUACGCAAGCCGCCUUCGGUCUGGAUAUUAGAGUUGCCUCCAGGAUUUACUUCAUCAGCCCAGUUCUCAACCCUCAGGUCGAGGCGCAGGCAAUUGGUCGAGCACGACGCAUCAGCCAGCAGAAACCAGUCUCGGUGGAGACGCUGGUGCUGAGCAACAGUAUCGAAGAGAUCAUCAUUGAGCGGAAGCAACACAUGACACAAGCUGAACAUGAUGCAGCCAAGACGAUAUUGCAGGUCGAACGAAUCUACAAUUGGAUCAAGGACGCAAGAAUCAUCCCAUUGCCCAAUGACAAGACCAGCAAGGAAAGCCAGAUGGCGCCUCUACAUACGCCUCAAUACGUGUUCGGAAGAGGCUUUGGCCGCACCAUGCAUCCAGACGACGGGUUGGUACUGGAUGAUUCUCCAACAAGGAAGAAGGAUGGUGUGGGGGAGCCUCCCCAAAUGACGAAUGAUUUGAAGCGAGCACACGAAGCAGGCCCAGGUGCAAAUGGCCAAGGUGAAGGAAACGCGUCGUCAUCCGAUAAGCGAGAUCUUGCUGCGCGUCCAGCAAGAAGGGUGCGGUUCACGGUUGAAGCAGACGAAGAGUGA